AUGACAAACACUACCGAGCAAGUUAGACGACCCGACGAACACCGAAAGCAGAUAGAAAAGAGUAUCAAAGAAGGUGUUCUCAAGUGUUACUCGAAAAGCGAAAUUGUCAAGCGUCGCAUGGCAAUAAUAGCAGCUGGUGGAUGGGGUGUAAUAUUCAAAGGGAUAAUAGAGGCCUCCGGAGAGCCCGUCGCGAUAAAAAAGCUGUGUCGCGGUCCGUACGUGUGUCAGACCACUGUAAACAAAAUGCUCGCGAAAGAGACAUCUUCCAACAUUCUUAUCAAGGACGGCAUCGUAAAAAUCACCGACUUCGGUCUUUCAAGGCACAUCGGAUCUUCCUCGAUAGGAACUGGCAACACAUCAGAUCACACGUCAGUUUCCUUUGAUAAACCUGAACUCGAUCAAACGAAGGUCCCUGGAAAUGUUUCUUCAUCGAGUGAUGAUCCGUCGUGUUUAAACCGGGGUUGGAUCAGACGCACAAGAACGAUGCUAUUCGAAAAAAUUCUCAAACCGAAGUAUGACUUGGUAUGUCGGAAAUUCGAGCAGAUUAAGAUACAAGUUCUAGAAUCAAAUCCGUGCCUCUGGUAUUUGUAUACUGUUUUGACAAAUACUCUAGAAUCGGAUGACCCUUUCAAUUCGCUAUAUGCUACCCUUGGUGAAAUAAGAAGUGGAGAAGCAAAAGAAUUAGCAAAACUCGUAGAAUCAAACACGCUUUUAUACUGUUUGCACAAUGUCGUGGUAGCCGUCGUAGAGGUUCUAGCGAAAGUUCGAGCCAUAUUUGUGUAG